UCUCUCUUCUUCCUCGCCCAUACACUACCUCUCUCGGGUUUGCGUGGCCUCACCCACCACCCAAAACCAGAGGGAGAGCAGAGAAGAAGACUACCAAAGGACUCCAUGGCCACCAUGGACGUCAUCUCCGCCAAGCUCCUUCGCUCCUCCCUCCACCCCCACGCCCCCUUUCUUUCCUGCCCAUCCCUCCCGUCCCGACGCCACCGCCGCCCCUCCUCAAUCUACUGCCGCCUCAGCACCUCCUCCCUCUCAUCCUCCUCCGCCGCCACCACAUCCGAGGGCGACGCAAACGAGCACCUUUCCGCCCUCCUCUCCGAUGAAUCCACCACCGCCACGUCCGGCGCCGGGUCCAGGAAGAAGCGGUCCAACAGUGGCGCGUCGAGCAUCCCGUCCGGGGUGCGGCUGGAGAACAUCUCCAAGUCGUACAAGGGAGUGACAGUUCUAAAGGAUGUAUCCUGGGAAGUGCAGCGUGGGGAGAAGGUGGGGCUCGUUGGCGUCAACGGCGCGGGCAAGACCACGCAACUCCGCAUCAUCGCCGGUCUCGAAGAGCCCGACGGCGGCAACGUCGUUAAGGCCAAGGAGAACAUGAAGAUCGCCUUCCUCAGCCAGGAGUUCGAAGUCUGCGCCUCCCGGACCGUCAGGGAGGAGUUUCUCAGUGCCUUCCAGGAGGAGAUGGGCGUCAAGACCCGCCUCGACCAGGUGCAGGCGGCGCUUGAGCGCGCAACCGAGGACAUGGACCUCAUGGGGAGGCUCCUCGACGAGCUCGACCUGCUGCAGCGGCAGUCGCAGGACGUCGACCUGGGCAUGGUGGGUGUCAAGAUUCAGAAGCUCAUGCCCGAGCUCGGGUUUGUGCCGGAGGACGCUGACCGCCUUGUCGCAUCCUUCAGCGGAGGCUGGAAGAUGAGGAUGUCGCUUGGCAAGAUACUUCUUCAGGAUCCUGAUUUACUCCUACUUGACGAGCCCACAAAUCAUGUCGAUUUGGACACCAUUGAAUGGCUCGAGAGCUACCUUAAGACCCAGGAUGUACCAAUGGUCAUCAUAUCUCAUGACAGGGCUUUCCUUGACCAGUGUUGUACGAAGAUAGUGGAGACUGAAUUUGGCGUGUCGAAAACGUACAAGGGUAACUAUUCUGAAUAUGUUCUAGCAAAGGCGAUAUGGGUGGAAACUCAACGUGCUGCAUGGGAGAAGCAGCAGAAGGAGAUUGAGCAUACAAGGGAACUGAUAGGUCGGCUUGGGGCUGGAGCUAGCUCGGGGCGUGCUUCAAGUGAGCAAAAGAAAUUGGAAAAGCUUGAGAAAGAAGGGUUGAUUGAGAAACCUUUCCAAAGAAAGCAGUUAAAGAUCAGCUUUCCUGAACGUGGGAGAAGCGGUAGAACUGUGUUAGCAAUAAAUAAUCUCAAGUUUGGUUUUGGGGAUAAGAUAUUGUUCAACAAUGCUAAUCUAAUAGUCGAGAGAGGCGAAAAGAUAGCAAUUAUUGGCCCCAAUGGAUGUGGUAAGAGCACAUUACUGAAGCUUGCUUUGGGAACAGAGAAGCCACAAGAAGGUGAAGUCAUUCUUGGGGAGCAUAAUGUCCUGCCUAACUAUUUCGAGCAGAAUCAGGCAGAAGCUCUUGAUUUAGAGAAGACUGUACUGGACACUGUAGCUGAAGCUGCAGAGGAUUGGAAAAUUGAUGAUAUCAAAGGUCUCCUUGGUCGUUGUAACUUUCGGGAUGACAUGCUGAAUAGAAAGGUUCGGUUUCUAAGUGGUGGAGAGAAGGCGAGGCUUUCCUUUUGCAAGUUCAUGGUGACUCCAUCGACUUUACUAAUCUUGGAUGAACCAACAAAUCACCUCGAUAUCCCAUCAAAGGAAAUGCUUGAGGAGGCAAUAUCAGAAUACACGGGCACUGUAAUAACAGUUUCUCAUGAUCGGUAUUUUGUAAAGCAAAUAGUUAACAGAGUCAUUGAAGUGAAAGAUCAAACUAUCCAGGACUAUCAAGGAGAUUACAAUUAUUACCUUCAAAGGAACCUGGAAGCCAGAGAAAGGGAACUUGCACGUGCGGCAGAGCUCGAGGAAAAGGCCCCCAAAGUAAAAGCCAAGUCAAAAAUGUCAAAGGCCGAGAAACUUGCAAGGAAGAAACAAAAAGUGCAGGCCUUCCAACAAAGCAAGCAGAAAUCAAAAUCAAUGAAGAACUCAAAGAGGUGGAACUGAGAUGCUGCCCCCUGAUCGGCGGUGCUAAUCACGGUACAUUAGAGCAUCGAUGGUAGUGCCGGGCAGGCCCCUGGUGUGCUGAAAUGCUACAAGGAGCGCAUAUCAAAAGAAACAACGGCAUGCAUACAUCAUCAACGGCCAAGGAUGUGAUGAUAGUAAUAGCAUUAUAGAACGCCAUACUAUGUAACUAGGCAGGAAAUGAUUUGUAACCUUGUACAUAACACAAGCAGUUUCUGAUUGAAGAAUGCUUUAUUUCCAAUUUC